AUGCGCUUACCAGCUAGAUUGGAUGAUCGUAAUGGCCUUGACGACAACCUGUUUAACUCUUCAGAUAAUGAGGAUGAGGAUGAGGAUGAUGAUGACUAUUUGUUUGUUGCACAAGAUGCUAAUGGCCAAGAUCAUAUACAGGGAGCAGGUUCAGGAAUAUCGAUAGGGUCAAGGUAUGUAUCUGGUAUCAAAAAUAGUUUAGUGUCGACAUUUGCAUUCAGGAAGGAAUCGACAGCUUGGAAAUCAGUUAGUGAAUUAGAGAAAAAGAAAGAGCACGAGAUGUUUUACCUACUUUCUAGAUAUAACGAAUCUGUGGACGGCGGGUAUUUGGCGCCAUUUCAUUACUUGCCCGUGAAUAAGUAUGAUUAUUCUGUGCAUACUGUAAGAUCUUUAAUUAUAGGUAGAAAACUAGCACCAUUCUAUGUGCCCUUAGAUGAGUUUCAAGAAAAUUGGUCUAGAGAGCAACUUUUAAGUGCUGUUACCAGACUUCCGCUUCAUGAAAGAAUGAGUUCUUUGCCAAAGGACCAUCCUGUGCUCAAGGAACUGGAAGAGACCAGUAAUUUACCUGUAGAAGACCUAGGUAGAGACACAAUAAUGAACCAUAUUGAUAAAUCAUUACCAUUCAAGAAGCAAAAGAAGUUAAGACAGAAGAUAUUUCAUGCUAGGAAUAUACGCCUAAGAAUAAAAUUACAAGAGGAAGAGACAGAAAUUAUUGCAGGGAUACCUAAGAAGGGAUCGAAAGUCGAAUCAAUAAAAGAAAAAUAUUAUCCUAAUGAUGAUCUAAAAAUUGAUAUUUAUAGUAAUGUGGAAGAAUGCCCAAUUUGUUUUUUCAAUAUGCCUGCGCCGCUGAAUAAGACAAAGUGCUGUAAACAGAACUUAUGUACAGAGUGUUUUAUUUUGAUGAAAAGACAAAGACCGCAAUUAAACAGGAUUAGCAGGACAUUGACAACAACCGAUAACACAGAAAUUGACAUUGCUAGAGGCAUAUUCAGCUAUACAGAACUCGAUAAUAAUGAAGGCUCUCGGUAUAGGAUAACAAUAAAAGUGAACUCUACUCCUGCAAAAUGUCCAUAUUGUACUCAGGAAGAUUUUGCUGUUACUUACAAUCCUCCAAGUAGCAGAAGAACAGGCAUUGGUGGUGUACCACCUGCUACUUAUGAUCCUAAUGUCAAACCGUUUAUCAAUAGUAAUAGGAAAUCUCAUAUUAUCAGUGAACUUGAUAGAAUUACCUGUGUUAAAAGUGAUGAUAUUCGGCCGUACUGGCAAUUAGCAUCUAAACAAACAAGAGUUCUUUAUCGUACUCAUUUAAAUCAAAGAGACUUACUAGCACGACUAGCCAAUCACGAGGAUCAAAAUAACCAUUCUGUUUCACAGUCGAUGUCGGGAUAUGAAUCAACGGGUCUGCGUCAUGUAGAGGACAGCGCAGCCCAUAUUUUCUCCAAUACAAUACCGAUUAUAGCUCAAGAGUCUAAUAUGUCUAGACCAAAUUAA